AUGGAAUCACUUACCGUGACAAGGCACGCUCGCACUCUGGUUCAGCCAUUUCGCCGAACACCUUCCGGGCGUCUCGACCUCUCCUUCAUAGACAGCCUGCCCGUGCUCCGAUGCAACGCACGUACCCUCCACGUGUUCAGACGUGGCGGCGCCGAAGCCGCCGCCGUCAUUCGAGAAGCCCUGUCGAAGGCGCUCGUCACUUACUACCCUCUCGCCGGAAGGCUCGAACAGCUGGAAACCCUCCUGGUCGAUUGCUCGGCGGAAGGAGUGUGGUUCGUCGAGGCGUCCGCCGACGGUUCCGUCACUCUCGACGAUGUCAAUUGCUUCGACGACAAUGUCGAGUCCAUUCCUUAUGAUCGUCUGCUCCCCGACGGCGGAGCUGAACAGGGAGCGAGGGGACGGGAGCCCCUUGUUCAGAUGCAGGCAACUAUUUUUGUCACCAAGUUCGCCUGCGGCGGAUUCGUGAUCGGGCUCAUAUUCUGCCACGCCAUCUGCGACGGCCUCGGCGCCGCCCAGUUCCUGAGCGCCGUAGGCGAGAUCGCCAGAGGGAUCGACUCCGACCGCCUCUCCGCCGCCCCUGUCUGGCGCCGAGACUUCUUCCCACAGAAACCCAAUCCCUCAUCCGCCUCACUCGCCCCGCCGCCGCCUCUCCCCCCAAUCCCUAAUUACAACCUGCAGCAGGCCAACAUCGACAUCCCAAUCGACGAAAUCAACCGCGCCAAAAUUCAAUUCCACGCCUCCACGGGUGGGAAAACCUGCUCCACCUUCGAGGCCGUCGCCGCCAGCCUCUGGAAGCACAGAUCCGCCGCGAUAGAUCUGGAUCCGAGCGUGGAGGUGCAGCUCGUCUUCUUCGCGAACUGCCGCCAGCUGGUGGAGCCCCCGCUCCCCGACGGUUUCUACGGGAACUGCUUCUUCCCGGUGAAGGUGACCGCCUCGAUCGGCGCACUGGCGGCGGGGGCGGUGGCCGGAGCGAUCGAAUUGAUUCAGGAAGCGAAGGGGAGGUUGAGGGCGGAGUUUGAGAAAUACGUGAAGGGAGAGGAAGGGGAAGAAGAUCCUUUUGCGCCGCCGCUGGUGUACACGACUCUGUUCAUAUCGGAGUGGGGGAGGCUGGGGUUCAACGGCGUUGACUACGGGUGGGGCCCGCCGGCGAACGUGGUCCCGAUUCAGGGGUCGGGGAUUAUACCGGUCGGGAUCGUCGGGUGGCUGCCGCUGCCGAGGAAGGGCGUCCGGCUGAUGACGUGGUGCGUUGAGGAAGCUCAUCGCCCCGGUUUGAUCCGUCGUAUGGCCGCGAUGGAAAUUGAAUAA